UUUCAUCAAAUGUCUUCAAAAAAAAAAUUGAUUAAUUAAUUUCCUUUUUUUUUCAUUAAAUCUUCCAGAUUGAUCAAAUUAACCAACAAAAAAACAAACGCACAACUCAUAUAUCUUUUGUCCAAACUAAAUAACUCCCAUCAAUACUAUCAUUAUCAUCGAAUGAAUCAAUGAUCGAAUGAAUAAAUGAAUAAUGGGUAAUAUCAAUACGGUUGGACCGAAUGAAGCAUUAAUUGUAUCAGGUGGAUGUUGUAGACCGACGAAAAAAAAUUAUGUUGUUGGUGGAUGGUCAUGGUCCUGGUGGCUAUUAUCCAAUGUUCAAACAAUAAGUUUAGAAGUAAUGACAUUAAUGCCUAAAUGUGAAAAUGUUGAAACAUCUGAAGGUGUACAAUUAACUGUUUCAGGUGUUGCACAAUGUAAAAUUAAAAAUGAAAAAGAACAAUUAUCGAUUGCUUGUGAACAAUUUUUAGGUAAAAAUGUUGAUUAUAUUAAAGGUAUUCUACAACAAACAUUGGAAGGAAAUCUGCGUUCAAUUCUUGGUACAAUGACUGUUGAAGAAAUUUAUCGUGAAAGAGAUCAAUUUGCAUCAUUAGUACGUGAAGUUGCAUCAUCUGAAUUAGAACGUAUGGGUAUUGAAAUAUUAUCAUUUACAAUCAAAGAUGUUUAUGAUAAUGUAAAUUAUCUGGAAUCAUUGGGUAAAGCAAAAAUUGCUGAAAUUAAACGUAAUGCAACGAUUGGUGUUGCAAAUGCUGAACGUGAUGCUGGCAUUAAAGAAGCAGAAUGUCAUAAAGCAGCAAUGGAUGUAAAAUAUUCGGCCGAUGCAAAAAUUGAAGAUGCUACCCGACAAUAUCUAACAGAAAAAUCAUUGUUCGAUGCUGAAGUUAAUGCUAAAAAAGUUGAAGCAAAAUUAUCAUAUGAUUUACGUUCAACAUUUCUACAACAGGAAAUAUCUAAACAACAAAAACUUGUCGAACUAAUCGAGCGACAAAAAUUGACCGAAUUACAGGUUCAGGAAAUUAUUUUAGCUGAAAAUGAUCUACAUGCUAAAGUGAAUUUAUUGGCCGAUGCUCAAUUGUAUGAAAUACAACAAUUAACUGAAGGCAAAAAACGACAAAUAUUAUUGGCUGCUGAAGCAAAUGCUGAACGUAUAAAAUUAAUUGGACAAGCAGAAUCCGAUGCUGCUGAAAUACGUGGCCGUGCUGAAGCACAUGGAAUGUUAACCAAAGCUUCUGCAUUAAAACAAUUUGGUGAAGCUGCCAUAUUAUCAUUAACGUUAGAAAAUCUACCAAAGAUUGCAGCUGAAAUAUCGGCACCAUUAUCAAAAACUGAUGAAAUUGUUUUACUUGGUGGAGAAACGGGUAAUUUAUCGAAAAUUAUUUCACAAAUUCCGCCAACUGUACAUGCAUUGACAGGUGUUGAUCUAUCAAAGGUGGAUGUUGAAUUUCCGGAUGAUGUUCGUUCUGGUUCGACUAAUCCUAUACCAUCAGCACCACCAUCACGACAGAUGCCCGAACCAAUAAAACCAUCAUCCGAACCGAUACGAAAAAAAUUGGAACCCGAAGAAGAAGUAGAAGAAGAAAAUGAUGAAAAAUCAAAAACUAAAAAAGACAGCGAAAAAAUUCUUGAUUUUAUACCCGAUGAUGCAUUCGAAGCUGCAUUUGAUGCUAUGGCAUUUGGUAAAAAAUAAAAUUUCAAUUCAAAAAUCAAUGGCGAUAUACAACUAUUUACGAAAUCUUAUAAUCUUUGAUUAAUUUUGUUUCUGUUACUGCUUCUGUUUUUGCUUAUGUUUAUUGUUUUCAUUAAUGAUUUUUUAACCCUGGUUAGAU